UUGUCGUUAUAAGUCUCUUCGUCUACACAGAGGCCAUUGAAAGAAAUGCGACUCAUUACUCAUAAAUAUAUGAUUGUGCGAUACUGUGGAGUAUAUCUCGGUGUUUUGUUAUCGUACUACUUUUCUUUUUGAGAAUCUUUUCAAAGGAAUAAGUAAAUAUCAUUUUAAAAGAAUAAAGUUCUGCGAUUACACGUAAAUAUUCGACGAGAUAUCUCAACGUUUCGAACGAAUAUUCCUUUGAUUUCUGCAACACAAUAUGUCUUUCUUUGACAAUCACUACUAUUAUCUCAACAAAAUAUUUCUAAGAAUAAUCGGCCAAUGGCCAUUUCAAUCGCGACUGGAGAGCAACCUGACGUUUGUUGCCGCGUCUUUGUCCAUUUUAACUUUGGGAGCUUUGGAGUCUUGGGGCUUAGUAGCUGGGAUAUCGAAUCUGAGCAUCAUCAUGGACAAUGCAGCGCCCUUACUGGUGAUCAGCAUAGUCAACAUAAAGCUUUAUAACUGUGUUUUUACUCGUAACAAAAUGAAAAUGCUUUUGGAGGAUAUCGAAGAGACAUGGAAGAUGAAACGCUCGGAGCCAGAGAAAAAGAUAUUGCAGCAUUACGCGGAGGAAAGCAAAGAUUUCACGAUACGAUAUGCGAUUGCUCUUUACGCGGCAUGGCUUUUCUAUUGUGGGACACCGCUUGUCAUUACUUGGAUCGAUAAACUUUUACCGAAACAUACAAACGAAACAUACACGGCCAGGUUUCUGUAUCGUAUAGAACAUGUUCUCGACAUGGACAAAUAUUACAACCUGUUGAUGCUUCACGCGUUUAUCGGCGUAUUCUACUUACUUUCCGUGCUAAUAGCUAUCGAUUCCAUAUUCACAGUUUGUAUUCAGCAUAUCUGUGCAUUGUUCGAAUGCAUACGAUAUAACAUAGAGCAAACACGAACCUUGGAUACUGUAUUGUUGCAACCAAAUAUUGAAAACGAUGAAGCGUAUCGUAACUUAAUUGGCUGCAUUAAAUCCUACAAACAUGUCUUAAAACUUUCCCAUGUGCUCUCAUCUAACUAUGCAGUAUCAUUUCUCUUUUUAUUGGGAAAUGUAGUUAUAAGCUUAAGCUUCGGCUGGGCACAGUUUAUAAUAGUAGACACCCAACUGGAUGAAAAGAUUAGAAUUCUCUUUGGUAACAUGACACAAUUGCUACAUAUAUAUGGUCUUUGUUCGAUUUCUCAAAGAUUGAUCAAUCACAGCUGCGAAUUUCAAGGAGUAAUUUACAGCUGCAACUGGUAUAGGAUGUCAUUAAGGUCGAGGCAUUUUUUGAGAUUUACAUUACUGCGUUCUAUGAAACCAUGUGAAUUAAAAGCUGGUAAGGUUUUCGUAAUGUCAAUGGAGAUCUUUAGCUCGAUCUUAAAAGUAUGCUUAUCGUACAUCACGAUGCUUACAUCACUACAAUGAAAACAGUAAUUAGAGAUUUAUAAUAGAAUUAUAUAUAAAUGUAUAGUCUUUGAAUAUUAUAUUAUUACAGUUCUCAUUCAUACAGAAUGUUUCUAGACUUGUUUCCCCCGAAAAAGAAUAAAUUUAAUUUGAAAUAUUUUUCUAACUUCUAUAGUUCAGUAAUUAUUUCAAAUGUUACUUACUUGAAGACAUCGUGUAUACUAAGUACAUUAUGUAACAUCAUACAAAAUUUAUUAUGUUAAAAAUUAAAAUAUUUUUCUAAUGCACUAAUUAAAACAUAUUCUUAAAACGUUAUAUAUUUUAUGUUAAUAUCCUUUACACAAUAUAAUUGUAAUGUAACAAAUAAUAGUCAUGUGAAUCGGUACUUUAUUAACACAGUUAUUAAUUAGAUAAAUAGUAUAAACUUAAUUAGUCAAAACAAAUGUACAAAUAAUAUAAAUAAAGCUUUUUAAACUUAUUGUUCGAGAUUCAGUAGAUAAUGAGCUCGCGCCGUCACUUCAGAUGGCAGCAUCUCUCAAUCAACGUUCGCGUAGAUCGCGGAGCGCCAUGGUGUACGCGCUAGCGUGUACACGGCUCACGGGCGCUAUCAUUACCAGGUACUCAAUUAAUAUAACUGACCCGUGCGUGUGAUUAAGAACUGCUCAUCGGUGCAAGACACUAAUUUUCAUUCAGACAUUUCAAGUGUGUUAGCUCAUUCUUCGAUCUUUGAUAUAACGUAUGAUAACUCAGAACUCGCUCUGAGCAUUGCGUGUGAAUUAUAUAUUAAAAUCAAUUCUGUAUUACUUCUUUGAGCAUUGUGUCCACGAUGUCCCCUCACCCUGCUUCCAUCCGUAGGAAUAUCAGCGAUCUCAUUACGCGAAUCGCGCACACUUAUUUAAUAAAUUUUGUAAUAUAUAUAAUACGCAUUUUUUAUCUUGUUUUUUUAAAGAAAACUGGACUAGAAAAUUUUAA